AUGUCUUCUCAAGCCAUAUUUGUCAAACAUAAAGCCUCUGAAUUGAAACAAGAAUAUGAUCCAGUCAUACAAGAAUCCCUAAACAUCUAUAAUAGUGGUGGUACUAUUGGUAAUAAUAGUAAUAAGAAAAAAAAAAUAGAAAUUUUUCUCAAAAAAGUUGUCGCAAAUUUUACCUUCAACAACCAUUUAGAAAUGUCCAAGCUGUAUUUUGAAGUUUUCCAGUGUCUAAAAAUUUUCCACACUACCAGCAGUAACAAUAAGGACUCUUUGAUUACCAACUUAUGCUACCAAUACAUUCAACAGAUUACUACACCUCAAUUGAUCUCCCAAGAUCUAAUCCAACAAGUUUUGAAGUUUAUUAUUAACGAUUUGUAUUACAAUAAUAACCAAUAUUUUUCAACUUUGGCACUUGAAACCUUGUGCUAUAUAAAAAAGAUUCCUGAGUAUACUUUUGAGGCAUUAAAAUACAUAGACCAUAAUAUAGAAAGUGAGAGUAAUAGUAGCAUUGAUUUAAUUAAAAAAAAAACUUGUAUAGAAGCUAUCCCAAAUUUACUUAUAGAUAAAUUCUCAAACAAAGAACAACAACAAAAAAAAAAGAUUAUUGAUAAGUAUAUCAAGCUAUUGUGGGACUUAUUUACAAAUUCAGAUUCCUCUUCUAUAAGGGCAAGUUGUUUAAAAUCAUUACAGUAUUUGUAUGUCAAUUUUGAACCUUUGAAUUCAAAUUUACAAUUAAGUUUUGAUGAAUCCAAAAAAAUCAUCAAAACGUUGGGUAAUCUAAAUGAGUGGGACAAAUCCUGUAUUAUUAAUUUGUUAACUUUAUCUGUUGUUCCAAAAACACACGAGGAAAGUUAUGCAAUAAUUGACAUGAUUUUACCUCAAUUACAGGCAUCAAACACUUCGACUGUUUUACAAACUAUCAAAUUCAUAUUAUAUUUAAGUAACUAUGUUGAGGCCUUAAGCUAUUCGAUAACCAAUAGGAUAUCCAAUUCCAUCAUUGCGUUAUUGCACAAACCUAAUGAAUUGAAGUUUUUAGUACUAAGAAAUGUUAUAUUACUAUUGUUAAGCAGAGAGCACAACAACAGUUCUAGUACUGAGAAUAAGCCAAGGGAAAAUUUUCUAAAUAUUGAUAUCUCAUAUUUUUUUGUAGAAUUUGACGACCCAAUAUACAUUAAAGACACCAAAUUAGAACUGCUAUACUUAAUGGCUGAUGAAAAAAACAUUUCCAUAAUUUUAGAUGAGCUGAAAGAGUAUGCCAUUGAUAUUGAUACACAAAUGUCAAGAAAGGCUAUUAGAGCCAUAGGUAACUUAGCUGUCAAGUUGGAUAGCGGUAAUGGUAAGAAGGAGGCCAUUGCUGUUUUGCUUGAUUUACUAGAUUUUUGUUCAGUUGAGUACAUCGUACAAGAAAUUAUUAGCGUUUUCAAAAACAUUUUCAGAAAAUAUCCGAAUGAAGGUACUAAAUCUAUAAUUAGUAAACUAGUCACUAAUUAUAUUGAUGUUAUGGAAGAGAGCGAAUCAAAAAGCGGUAUGAUUUGGAUCUUAACUGAGUAUUCGAACCACCUGCCCCAAUACCUAACUUUAUUUGAUGAAUAUUUUGUAAAAAUUUUUUUACAACAAACUUUUGAAGUUCAAUGCUCCAUCUUAACAUCGGCUGUGAAAUUUUUUGUAAGAGAUUCAAAUAAGCAAUCAGAAGAGGUUUGUGUUAAAGUUUUGAAAAUGGCUACUGAACAAAAUGGCAAUCCAGAUAUAAGAGACAAAAGUUUCAUGUACUGGAGGCUAUUAUCUGGUUUGUCCACCAAUCAAAUUCCCGUUGAAAUAGUAAAGGAAAUUAUCGAUGGCAAAUUGCCCUUGAUAACAUUGAAUAAUAAGUUGGAUCCGCUGAUUUUAGAAGAGCUAGAGCUAAAUAUAGGUUCUGCUGCUUCGAUAUAUUUGAAACCUGUACAACAAGUCUUCAGGCAAAAUAAAACUAGAUAUUUGCCCCAAUCCCCAGCACUGCUACCUAAUAAAACUGAUUUGGUUAUUAUACAUGAUGAAAAAAGACCAUCUCUUUUGGCUGCACUUGGUACAGGUGGCAUCAACAGUAGCAGCAGAACUGGCAGUUUACGUAGCAUGGAUAGCGGUAUUCCUAGCAUAAGAGAUCGUAGUGGAAGCCGUGUUGGUAGUGAUUUUUCGUUUGAAACCGAAUUUGAUGACGAUCCACUCAACAACUUUUCCAGAAACAAUUCCUUUUCUGGGACCGGUGGUGGUAGCACUUCACCAAAGAAAAAUAUAAGUGAUUAUGAUAAACCUGUGGAAAACGUAAAUCAAAUCAAAAGAAAGAAUUCACUAGUGAAGAAACCUUCAAUGUUGGCUAGGAAAUUAACGUUAAAAAAGAAAUUUUAA